CAAAAGGCAACUGUCUUCGUACUUAGUAGUGAGUGAGAAUUAAAAAAAUAUAUCUUUUUUUUUUAAGUGCAGUGUUUCCGGUGUUGGUGUGAUCACAACGUGAGCAGCAUAUGAUUAAUACACGAUGAAGUUAACCUUACUUUUAUGCCUCUCGUGCGUGGCGUACUCCCACUGUUCCGAAUCAGUUCAUUUCCCUUCAGCAACCGCCACUGAGAACCCUCCCAAGCCAUCGAAGCCACAGGACAAGGGUAUAGUGGAAUGGAUCACCAACCUCCUUGGAGGGGGAACCACUACCACCCUCAGGCCUUCGCAAGAACCACCCGAAGACUGUCCGCAAUGCCAAUGCGGUAUUGCGCGCACCAGACGGCGAAUCGUCGGUGGCUAUGAGACGAAAAAGUUGGAGUUCCCUUGGAUGGCAGUGCUCAUGUACAAUGGACGAUUCUACUGCGGUGGCUCUUUGCUCAAUGACUUGUAUGUGCUAACUGCUGCCCACUGUACUUCUGGGUUCCGUAAAGAGAGGAUUACGGUUCGGUUCCUGGAGCACGAUCGCUCCGACACCAACGAGACGAAGACCAUAGACAGGAAGGUCUCGGAAAUCAUACGGCACCUCCGCUACAACCCCGGCACUUACGACAAUGACAUCGCUCUAUUGAAGUUGGACCAGCGGGUGGACCUUCGAAGUGCGCUUAAGCGCGUCCGAAGAGACGACAACUCAACUGAGAGUAGUACAGAGGCGCCCCAUAAUGAAGAUGACGUGGGUCUCCGGCCAGUGUGCAUGCCGACUCCUGGGCUUGCGUACAGCAACUACAGCGGCGUGGUCGCCGGCUGGGGCACCACGGAGGAAGGGGGCUCAGUGUCUAGUACUUUGCAAGAGGUGUACGUCCCCAUAAUAUCCAACGCGGAGUGUCGUAAAACUGGUUACAAGAACCGCAUCACCGACAACAUGCUGUGCGCGGGAACAGCUGACGGAGGCAAAGACGCCUGCCAGGGCGACUCCGGCGGACCCCUGCAUGUGCUCAAUGCUUCUACUGCGCAGUUCCAAGAAGUUGGUGUGGUAUCAUGGGGCGAAGGCUGCGCACGUCCCGACAGGCCCGGGGUCUACACUCGCGUGAAUCGCUACAUGACGUGGAUCAAGAGUAACACGCGGGAUGCCUGCUAUUGCCACUAA